AACCCCAACCUUAAGCCGAACCCUUCUUCUCUGGAGUCACGAAACCCGUCUCCCUCUCUCACUCGCCCAGCAGCCCUUUGGCCAGAGACUCUCACAACGGGCCAGAGCAUCGGCGCUAGGGCCACGGGCAUCCAGAGUGGCGGCCGGCGGUGCGACAAUAGCUAGUCAACAGCACCUGAACUCCGAAUUUUACCAAGCAGUGACCAGCGAGAACAGACGAGUGCAGCAGAAAGAGUUACAGAGAUAACAUAGUACAGAGGCUGGCGGGAACUCUAUGGCACAACACCCGGUUCAGAAGAACACUCUCUACGUAGGGGGCCUAGCAGAGGAGGUGAAUGAAGCGAUACUACAUGCGACGUUCAUACCAUUUGGGGAUAUAAAAGAUGUGAAGACACCAUUGGAUCAGGCAACGCAGAAGCAUCGAUCGUUUGGAUUCGUGACCUUCCUUGAGAAGGAGGAUGCAGCGGCUGCUAUGGACAACAUGGACAAUGCUGAGCUCUACGGAAGAGUACUCACCGUCAAUUACGCCUUGCCCGAGAGGAUCAAGGGUGGUGAACAGGGCUGGGCUGCUCAACCCAUUUGGGCAGAUGCUGAUACAUGGUUCGAACGCCAGCAACAAGAAGAGGAAAUGCAGCGUUUGCAAGCGGAAAAUCGAAAAGCAAUGGAAGCUGCAGAGGAGUUGCACAGAAAGAAACUGGCCGAGGAGAGAGAAGGGGAAACGGAAGAGCCAACUGAAACCAAGAAUGAUCCCAUGGCAAUGGCAGAAGCAGAGGUUUUGAAACAGAAGAAUGAGUGAUGUGGAAGAGAACAAUCAAUUGUGGUAUAAUGCAGUUACCAGAUUUGUGUUUUUUGUUGUCCAUCUAUCUGCUGUUGCAAUUAGAACUAGAACUAGCCAUGGAUGUAACUGUAUAUGAAAGCAACAGUUGAGCAUGUGUCUGCAGACUUAUUCUGCGCAGUUCUUGGUGGAUGUGGAGGGGAUGCUUUUACAUGAUGCCCUCUCCUUUAAAACCUUGUUGUGACAGGAAUUUUUGGUUGAAGCUCACAUUUUUAGCUUAA